UUAUGUAAAACGGUACCGUUAUACACUCUUCGCCACGCUCCGUAUUACUGUAUUUCAAUAUGUGCCCUUUCCAUUCCAGAGAUGAAACGACGCAAAGCUCACAGCUUGAUGCAGUGUGGCUCCAAAAAAUGGCGUUGAAGCCUCUCCUUUGCCCUCCUCAAACCACCAGUAAAAGUUUUUCAGUGAACGAAACUGGAGCGAGUCCUAUAUGGACACCACCCAAAUUCUCAAAAUUACCCGGAGUUCCCUGCAAAACCAAGUAUUCAUCAACAAGGCUGUGCUUGAGAACCGGAAAUGGCGAAAUUACAAAGAACGCACACGGGGUUAGGGAGAGAGAUGGUUUGAUAAUUGUCGACCAUGGGUCGCGUCGCAAGGAAUCAAAUCUCAUGCUAAAUGAGUUUGUUGCUAUGUUUAGAGAUAAAUCUGGGUACCCAAUUGUUGAGCCUGCUCACAUGGAGCUUGCAGAGCCCUCAAUAAAGGAUGCAUUUGGUUUAUGUGUUCAACAAGGGGCAAACCGGGUGAUUGUAAGUCCAUUCUUUCUCUUUCCUGGAAGGCAUUGGCACCAGGAUAUUCCUUCGUUAGCUGCUGAAGCUGCUAAGGAGCAUCCUGGUGUCUCGUACAUCAUAACUGCACCUCUUGGCUUGCAUGAGCUACUUGUGGAUGUUGUGAAUGAUAGGAUCAAACACUGCUUAAGACAUGUUGCAGGAGAUGCUGAUGAAUGUGCAGCCUGUGUUGGAACAGGCAAAUGCAAGCUCUAUUAGUCCAUGAAAUUGCAAAGCAGUCAUACUGGUCUGGCUUGUCAUGUGGGGUGUUUAUUUCUGUUCUUAUUCAAAAAACUGAGGCACUUACUCAAAAUGAGGAGGAAACUUGAUCUUGUAGAGGAAAUCAAAGUAAAUAUAUGUUUUGACUGAGUUUCUUAUGCGACUACACUGCUUGUGUCAAUGCACGACACACAAUUUUCUUUUGCAAAUUUAUACUAACUAGGAAUUCAUUUGAUCUUCCGAUUC